AUGGCAGUCAAGUCAAGAUCUGCAGUUCCUUUGUUCAUCUUUCUCGCCAUCGCGCUUCUUUUCCUCCCUUGCGCAGCCCUCAUCUUUCUGUGCCUUCGCCGAAGACAUCGAAGAAAGGUCGACAAGAAAUCGAGGAAUGAAGCUACCGACGCGGUGGUCGAGAACAUGCCAAACUGGGCAGCACCCAUCGAGCUGGGUAACAUUCAACCACCGCCACGGGCGGCAACGAUUCGUCCCAUCCGCUCUCUGCAAACCGCGAAGACCAGACGUAUCCCCACGAUGCACCGUGCUGCUAAUGAGACGGACAGUCCGUUUGACAAUCCCCGCACACCAAUGUUGGAAAUAGCUGCGCCAAAGCCAACCAAGCCUGGCAGAAGACGUAGUAUCCAGGUACAGAAGAUCGAAUAUCUUGCAACAGAACAAUCACAAAACCCGUUCGAGGAUCCGGUGACCUCUCCGAUACCACCACACACUGCCCGCCACAACCUCCAAGCGGCACUGGCGACGGAGCAAAGUUCUGUGGCAGUGGGGAAGGCUGGGGAAAGAUUGGCCACCAUCAGUGACGCGCCAAGGGUGAAGAGCCAGGUCGUGAAGCCUGAGCACGCGGCUGCAGCGGCGUGCUAUGCACCCGAACAGGUGCCUCAAGGGUGGGUGUGA